UUUGGAGAGAAUGUUGAGUUUAAUCAAUUCAGAACGUCGAGAUGGAGCCCAACUCACUCAAGUGGGUAGGCUCAGCUUGUGGAUUGCACGGAUCAUACAUUUUCUACAAGGCUUUUAAAUUUCACCUUGAAGGCAGACCAAGAAUUUUGUCCCUUGGCGAUUUUUUCUUUGUAAGAUGUAAGCCUGAGGAUCCUAUUUGCAUAGCAGAACUACAGCUGCUAUGGGAGGAAAGAACGACCAAGCAACUUUUAUCCAGCUCCAAACUUUAUUUUCUCCCAGAAGAUAUCCCACAAGGAAGAACUGCCAUUCAUGGAGAGGACGAGGUUAUUGCAGUUUCAGAGAAAGUCAUUGUAAAGUUGGACAACUUGGUGAAAUGGGCCAGCUCAGAUUUCUCCAACUGGAAGUGUGGUCUCCAAGCCAUGCCUUUAAAGCCAUCAGUCCAGAAGGAGCUGGGAAUGAACGGACUGGGAGAGGCCUUGCAGAAAUACAGGGAAUCAACACUCAACAGUGGCCUCAACUUCAAAGACGUCUUGAAGGACAAGGCUGAACUGGGUGAGGACCAGGAGGAGAAGAAGGUUCUGAUCCUGAGUUACCCACAGUACUGCCGCUAUCGCUCUGUGAUCGUGCGUCUUCGGGAAAGACCCUCGUCCUUGUUGACAGACCAGAUUGUACUGGCCCUGGGAGGAAUUGCGGCCUUGAACAACAACACUCGGAUACUGUACUGCCGGGAUACCUUCGACCACCCUUCGCUGAUUGAGAACGAGAGCAUAUGUGAUGAAUUUGCUCCGAAUCUCAAAGGCCGACCUCGCAAAAAGAAACUCUUGAGCUUGCAGAGACGAGACUCCCAGGUCUCCAGCGGUGUGAAAGAGUCCAGCAGCAAUUGGGAAGGGAAGGCCCUUGCCAAGGUAAAAACAGAAAGUAAGGCUGUCAUGGCCAAACCCAAAAAUAACAGUAACUGUAAAAAAGCGACGGCUGACGAGAAGCCUAAGGUGGGAGCAGGUGAGGAAUGCAAAGCCGAUGAGCAGGCUUUCCUUGUAGCGCUGUACAAAUACAUGAAGGAAAGGAAAACACCCAUAGAGCGGAUACCUUACCUUGGGUUCAAACAGAUAAACCUUUGGACGAUGUUUCAAGCUGCUCAGAAACUGGGAGGAUAUGAAUUGAUAACAGCCCGCCGACAAUGGAAAAGUGUUUACGAUGAACUGGGCGGGAACCCUGGAAGCACAAGCGCUGCGACUUGCACAAGACGACAUUACGAGCGACUCAUCCUGCCUUAUGAAAGAUAUGUCAGUGGGGAGGAGGAUAAGCCCCUGCCUCCUGUGAAACCUCGAAAACCGGAGAGUGCGCCUCAGGAGGGGGGGAGCAAAGCAAAAUUGGUCGCGCCAAAGCGCAUGAAAUCUGAACAAAGCCAAAAACCAAAGAAGGAAAAAGACAUUUCGCCAAAAGCCAUGGAAACCUCUGUGGGGGCUGACGUUACAGCGGAGUGCCUGGGAGUGGCAGAACAGAAACCAGCAGUCCAGCAGCAACAGAACAACAAGGUACAGGAGGAGGGGGUGAAGGAAGAGGAGGAGAAGGAGGAAGAGGAGGAGGAGGAGGAGGAGGAGGAGGAGGAGGGGGAAGAGGAAGAGGAAACACAGUUUACUGUAAAAAACGAGAUCUUGGACAAUUACACCAGUAAGAAUGCAAUCAAGGAAGAGGUCCAACCCCUUGUUAAACUUUCCAGUCCAUCGUUGGCAUCAGCUGAGAACGGCCCCUCAGAGAGAACCACCUGCAGCACACCACUCCAGACAGAAACUGACACCCUCACAAACACUAACCCAGAGCAACAGGUGCACUGCCUCUUGGGCACAUUAAGCAACGAACUGCAGGAAAAAGCUGCCAAUGCACUGCCUUUGACUUCUCCACAGCUGUUAAAUCACAGCAACCUGCAGGAGCAAAGGCGGAGUAUACCCGUGAAUGUGGACCUUUCAGAAACCCCAAACCACCAGGACAAGAGCAUGCAUGCUUUGAAACAGCCUAUCAGAGUCCACACAACCUCACAGACCUUGAAUGAGAGAGAAGUGGUGGCCAGUAAGGAUGAGGCUUGUUUAAGCUACUCACCAGUCUUGUACCCCAGGGGCAACCCUGGCAUCAUGUCUCCAUUGGCCAAGAAGAAGAUGCUGUCUCAGGUCAGCAGUGCCAACUUGCCGAACAAUUAUUCAUUUGGUCCUCCUCCACCUUUGGUAAAUAAGAAAGCCCACAAUGUUGAUGAGUCAGCUGGAUCGCAAAGUUCACAGGUUUCCAACUCGGAGAGUGUCAUGAUCAAUAGGCCAUCCGUAAUUCAACAUGCGCAGAGCUUUAAAAUACAAACUGCAGAUGAAAGGAAGCCCUCAAGGGAAGUCUUCAAGCACGACUUGUCUGGUAAGCCAGAUUCGUCUGUUCCCAUCACAAACCACCAAUUUAGUUCUCCUGGAGAGACCUACAGUUUGAGACCCGACAUCCACGACAGCAAGGAAAAAACCACAGUGAAAAGGGCAGUACACCCUUCCCAGGUACCCAGCUUCCUGGCAGAGUUCUAUUCCUCACACCACCUGCACAACCUUUACAGGCAAACAGAGCACCUUAACAGGGAACAGUUGUCCAAAUACCUGGGGAGAGAAGUGCAGUUCAACAGAGAUUACGAAAAGGCUUCGGCUUUUGCUCUAAACAAACACCCAGAUAAGAAUGGUUUAAGCUAUUCUUCCCCUACAAAUCAAAAAGAAAGGAUAUCUCCAGAGAAAAUGUCAUUAGAUGACCAACCCACAGACUUAAGUCUACCCAAGCCCUCUGCUCACAAACUGCCUUCAUCCAAGCCCUUGGCAUCCAGAAUCUCUCACAUGCACCAGGAAGGUAAAACCACUCCACUUUUUCAAAUCAACUGCAGCCAGGCCUCCAGCCUCAACUGCAACCCCAAGGCAUGCCGGGUUCCUCCAAUGACUAUGUUGACUCCCAAGAAACCCACCGAACCGCUUCACAGAGCACCAGGGAAACCCCACAACGCACAGACAGAUGACAUCCCAUCUCGGAAGAUGGAAGAAAUAGUCCGGCCAAUUUUGAGCACCAAAAGCAGCCCGCAGAACAUUGGAGCUGCCCGACCUCUGAAAAGAAACCUGGAGGACCAGGGGAGCAGUCCUCCCGAGAAAAAGAUCAAGGCUGUAACUCCAAUGCAUUUGGUUAAAGAGACCGCGGGGAAAGCAAAAACGCCUGACCUUGCUGACGCUGAAAGAAGCAAAGGAUUGGAGUCUCUGCAUGCUGUGCAUGCUAGCCACCUUUACGAUAACCAUAAGUACUCCCUGCCUACCCCUAUCUUUCCAGGAUUGUACCCUGGAGCCUUUGUAUCUCAGGUUCAGGACAUGUGCGACAGCCUGGGCUCCCAUAUCCCAGCGGGUUACGCUCAUCCUCUGCAGUACUUGAAAAACCAGGCUGUGAUCUCGCCACUGAUGCCGCCACUGGCCAUCCAUUCCAUCAUGAUGCAAAGACAACUGCUUGCCUCUUCCGCUCACCCACCGCAGAUCUACAGGCACCCCGUCGGAGCCUCUUACAGGGACUUCUUGAACCACAUGUACCCUUUAACCACGUUAAACCCGCAGUCCGCUUUCAGUCCCUCGCAGAUGUCUUCUGUACAUCCCAGUACGAAGCUUUAAUCUGAAAUUCACGACCAUGUAAGACUUUAGCGUAUGGCCUGAUGUUCCAUAUGACAAAGUAAUUAAAAAACAAUUCCACCUGAACAAACAGUAAUUUUUGUAUUGUGCAUGUUUAUGUUAUCAUAUUUAUGGAUAGCAGAAUACGAUGCUCUUGAAUCUGGGAUGACAUCUGUUUUUUCUCCAGAUUUUGCCACUAUACAAAAAUGAUCAUUUGCACAUUACUUUGAGUAUGGGACAAUUGGUGGAUUCAUUCAUGUUCAUUCCUGCCACUUUGCAUUUGCUGUCUAGGUUUUAGAUGUUUAAAAAAAAGUGAAAUGAGCAAUAAUAGUCAAGUUUUCAGUCAGGAUGGCAGGCAAUAACGAAGACAAUUAUUGCUGGGUAUCUAAAGGACAAUUUUAAGACAAGUUGUAUGACAAAUCAAUGCAACGUACAGUGCAAUUUCAAUAGUUUCUGGAUUUACUUUAUCUUACAACACUAUGAAAAAUUACAGAAGUUAACACUGUUAAUGUGGCCAUACAUAUUUGAAUCAAGGUUUACUGUUAGAACAGUUUCUCGAUAUUAUUUAAUAUUAUUCUGUAUUGUGCAUUUCUUUCUUUUUUUUUUGGGGGGGGGGGGGGGGGGGGGUAAUUGUAAUUGUAGCACUGUAUUUUGUGACAAUUACAUACACAUUUAUAAACAAUGGGAUCCCCAUUAUACAAUCACCCUUGUAAAUGAAUAAAUACUGUUAAUCACAAUGAACAAUAUAUUUAAUAUAAGUUAAUGUACACACAAGCAAAGCUGUUUGCUUGCAUAUGUUUUGCAUUUCUAGACUGCAUCAGUGUAAAAUAUUGUGAAGAUCACAUGCACAUUUCAGGAUAUACAAUCUUACCUGCAAGUUACAUUUCUAUUACUUUUAAUAAAUGCAAAUAUCAUAAGUUAUACCUUUGUAUUUUAAUGGAAUUAUUCAAAUCAUUGUAUCUUCUAUUCACUGGCUACUGUAAUUCUUGACUGCUUGAAGGUACAAGUUGGUAUUAGUCAUGUGUGGUUCCCAUGAUUAAAGCAGCAUAAUAAUGAGACUGUUAUUUAAGGUGAAUCUUUACUAGCUGUGCAAUUUUUCCACCCUCCUCUUAGUGUGCUUUCAAAGUUUUAUAUGGCAGCAAACAUCACUUAGUAAUGAAUUCAAAUGGAAAAGUGUGCUGAGAAGAAUCACACAUAUCAAAGGCAUAAGUCAUUUAGGAUUGUAUAGAGAAUCUAAAGUUGUUUCAUAUGGGGAAAAAAGUGACUUGAUGACAGCAAUCAAUGAAAAGAAUUAAUGACGCGUGAAGUCAUUUGGAAAAUGGAUGUAAGUAAAUAAUUCAAAUCUGCACAGGUGUUUUACAAAAGCAAAACAAAAAAAAUCAACAUAAGAGGAAGUCUUAUGUUGUCAGCCGUAUAAUGAUUUUGAAAAAUGUUUUUUAAAUACAGAAAUCGGAAUUAUGAGGCUGUGACUUGUCUACUUUGCACUGCUUUAGCUGUGGGUGCCCAUGACUUUUAACAGGAUGUUGUAACCUAGAGGUCAUUCUAAUUGUAUUUAAUAAUGAAAGAUAAAUAUCAGAACUGUGUGCGGUACAUUUCUGCUGUGUAAUUAUUUGUGCCUUUAUAUUUUUGCUAAGUAAGAACACGUGCAUUUACAUAAUGAGUCUGAGACUUUCUUUUUUUUUUUUUUUUUUUUAAGUAAUUAAAAAUUAAUAAUAGUGAAAUAAAUAAAACCAAUAUGGGUCAAGCACUAAAUCUUAAAAAGAAAACGUAAUACUAAAAGAGACUUAUUUGACAGAAGAGUUUCUUGUAGUAUUACUACAUAUUUUAUCAGGUUUAUAAUAAUGAAUUAUUUACAAAAUAAGUCACUUUGAGAGUCUUGAUGAGAGAUUAAUAAAAUAAAGAAUAAGAGUGUUGGAGCAAGACUGUAUGCUUUCCAUACAGAACAAUUCAUUUCAGCUCCAGCAUUGUCCUAGACCACACAUUCAAAAAAAGGCUAGUCCAGGUCACAUCUGGUCUAGUUUUACAAUGAUCGUUAUGAUUGUAAUGAGCAUUGGGAAUUUAGUGAGGCCCCGUGAUUAGAAUGUUUGUCAUGCGCACUUAAAAAGUCUCAUUCAAUGUAAAUGUAUUGCAUGAAACGUGCUGGUUUAAAUUAUAAAAGCCACGUUUGGUAGGCUAUUUAAAAAAAAAAAAAAAAAAAAAAAAAAAAAAAAAAAAAAACGCUGUUUAUAAAUACUGUGUAUCGUUGCUGUCUUUGCUGUAAAUAAUGUAUACUGUUGUGAGACAUCUUUUAGCCUUUGUUAUGAUCUGUAAGGUGAUUAUGUGUAUAUAGUAAAGUAUAGCUGGUAACACUAUAUAGUUAUUUCCUGUUUUUUAAGGUUAUUGAGUAACCUUCAUAUUAGAUUCAACACUACAGUUAAGAACACUGAGCCAACUAUAAACACUCAGUUCUUUUUUAUGUUUUUUUUUUUUUUCUCGAAUUGUACUUCUUGAAAUGCUUUUGAUACUAUGUGCCAUUAGUUUUCCAAUCACAUAACAGGCAACAGAUAUUUUGUACUUCUAUGAUCCACUGUAUAUUUAAUUAAAAAUAUUUUACUACCUA